UGAAUCAACGCUCGCCGCUGCGUUUGGAAAGCGACGUUCACAUGCUGUAGUCCCCGCUCAUUUCUCUCUGUCUCACUUCACAUACCCACUACAGUCCACCUCUGAAAGGUAGAGAUUCCAGAAGAAGGAAGGGAAAAGAGAGAAGAGAAAAGACUGGUGUUGGCGCGUGACAUGAAGACGCGGCUUUUGGGGACCCGGUUAAGGAAGUGUCGCAGGCAUGGCGUUUUAAGCCAGGAUCUGAACUUAAAGGGGUACCAGGUCUGGAGUCUCAGAGAUAUGGGUGUCAGCGGUUGAGUGUGCAGGAGUAAAGGGACGCGCAUUCCCGGUGUGUGUUAGGGAAUGUGGAGGAUCUCCUUUGGUGCGACGCUUUCGGAUGCGCGAUGCUGGAUGAGAUGAAAUCCUGUAACCGGGGGCCAAAUACAGGCGCUUAACGCGAGACCACCGAUCCGAACUCCCCUGGGCUGCGCUAAAGCAAACCUUCUGCCUCUCGUACUCGCGUUCAAGGGGGAUCCACGGAAAGUUUCGCGAUGGCUCUCGUCAUGGAACCUGUUAGUAAAUGGAGCCCCAGUCAAGUUGUGGACUGGAUGAAAGGUCUGGACGACUGCUUGCAGCAAUACAUCAAGAACUUUGAACGGGAGAAGGUGGGAGGUGACCAGCUGCUCAGGAUCACCCAUCAGGAGCUGGAGGAUCUUGGAGUGUCACGCAUAGGACAUCAGGAGCUGAUCCUGGAAGCUGUGGACCUACUGUGCGCCCUGAACUAUGGGCUUGAGACAGAAAAUCUGAAAACACUCUCUCACAAGCUCAACGCCUCUGCCAAGAACCUGCAGAACUUCAUCACAGGCCGAAGACGAAGCGGCCAUUACGACGGCCGGACCACACGCAAGCUGCCCAACGAUUUCCUCACUUCUGUGGUGGAUCUCAUCGCGGCUGCUAAAAGUCUCCUGGGCUGGCUGGAUAGGUGCUACUUUUUUUGCAGGUCACCGUUUGCUGCCGUAACGGACUAUUCUUUGACCCGGAACAACGUGAUCCAGCUGUGCCUGGAACUCACUACCAUAGUACAGCAGGACUGCACCGUCCAUGAAACUGAAAAUAAGAUCCUCCAUGUGUGUAAGACUUUAUCUGGAGUGUGUGAUCACAUCAUCUCACUUUCAUCAGACCCGCUGGUCUCACAGUCAGCGCAUCUGGAGGUGGUUCAGCUGGCUAACAUUAAACCUACGGAGGGUCUGGGAAUGUACAUCAAGUCCACAUAUGAUGGACUUCAUGUUAUUACUGGAACCACAGAGGGGUCUCCGGCCGACCGCUGUAAAAAGAUCCACGCAGGUGAUGAGGUCAUCCAGGUGAACCAUCAGACCGUAGUGGGCUGGCAGUUGAAAAACUUGGUAAGCUCUCUGCGCGGGGACCCUGCUGGUGUGACAUUGACCCUGAAAAAGCGUCCCCAGAGCACUCUCACCUCUGCCCCAGCCCUUCUAAAGAACAUGAGAUGGAAGCCCCUGGCCCUGCAGCAGCCAGUUGUUCCCAGGAGUCCCACCAGCAGCUCGGCCACGCCCACGUCUACAAUCAGCACACCCUCAAAGCGGGAUAGCUCCGCCCUCCAAGACCUGUAUAUUCCGCCCCCUCCACCUGAGCCGUACAUGCCCAGAGAUGAAAAAGGUGGUGGUCUUUCCAGUGAAGGCGGGCACCCUGUUGCAAAAGGGUCAGAAUCACCAAAUUCAUUUCUGGAUCAAGAAUACAGACAUAGAUUUCCCAUCAUGGAAGAGGAAGCCGUUCUCUACUGCUACGAGUACGACCCCAGCCACGGACCAACAACGUCCCGUCGAGACAGCACACCCACUUACGGUCGACUGAGGCCCAACUCUAUGCCUGUAGAGUAUAACUGGGUUCCAGAAUAUGAGGACCCGGCUAGACUGAAGAGAGAAGGUCGGAGAGAAAACUCUCUGUUGCGGUACGUUGGUGAAGAGAAGGCCGUCGAUCUGGCAGUACGGAGCAUGAAGAGAGACACUGGAAAACGCACCAAGAAAAAGAGCGAAAAGAGUGGAAGCCCCUCACACUACACUCUUCUUCCCACCCUCCAGAUGGAGGUACUUCGUCAGGAAUCUAUGAACACGCCUAACCCAGACUCUACAUCUCUUUACCACACAUUCCAGGGAUCCUCUCUGUUGUCCAAGACCAAGAAAAAGAGCAAAGCAGGUAAACUGUCUUCCAUCAGCAAGAGACGGAUCUCCUGUAAAGACCUGGGUCGUGGAGACUGUGAAGGCUGGCUGUGGAAAAAGAAGGAUGCAAAGAGCUACUUCUCGCAGAAAUGGAAGAAGUACUGGUUUGUUUUGAAGGACGCCUGCUUAUACUGGUACAUGAACGAGGAGGACGCGAAGGCUGAAGGGUUUGUUAGCCUUCCGGAGUUCAAAAUGGACAGAGCUAGUGAAUGUCGCAAGAAGUACGCGUUUAAAGCAUGCCAUCCUAAAAUCAAGAGCUUCUACUUUGCCGCCGAUGGCGUGGACGAUAUGAACAGAUGGUUGAGUCGACUCAACAUGGCAGCCGCUGGCUUUGCAGAGAGAGAGCGGAUCCGUCAGGAACAAGCAGACUACUGGAGUGAAAGUGAACAUGAAGACAAUGAAACGCCCUCUACGCCCAAGCAGGACAGCCCGCCACCCCCUUAUGACACGUACCCACGACCACCCUCAAACCAGAUGAGCUGUGCCAGUCCCUACCUGGAACCAAAGCACGGUCGCCUUUCGUCCACAGAAACCUCACAGUCUCGAUCCUCGCACGAGGAAUACCGCUCUGAACCGCAAGGUGGCAGCAGCAGCGGAGGGGGUUCUCCCGCUCGCAAGUCUGCCAGCCAGCGCCGCUCAUGGCAGGACCUGAUAGAGACCCCCUUGACCAGUUCCGGCCUCCACUACCUGCAGACUCUUCCCCUGGAGGAUGCUGUCUUCUGUGAACCAGGGGCAGGUUUGUCUCCGGAAUAUCGUCGGCAGUCCACCCUGCCUGCCCAGCGCACGCUGAUGCAGGAACAUUACGGCCCCUUCCCCAUGGUUGAGGGGGAAAGGCUCCGAGAUCCUGCCGCCGUGAUCGGGAAACCCCGCAGCUUCACCCUGCCACGAGAUAGUGGACUGCAUGCCCUCCUAACACCAUCCUCUAGCAUAGCAGACCAGCGGGACCCCAACCGCAGGGAGCUCAGCCGUAGUCACUGCAUCAACAAUGGCGGGGAGCGGGAGAGCCACGGGCAGGCGGAAUCGCUUGGCGAUUUGUAUCGGGCACUGGAGCGUGCCAGUCUGUCUCCCAUUGGUGAGCAUCGCCUUUCUACCCGUCUGGAGUACAAACAUCUUUUCAUCCGGCGUUGCAAAGAUCCGCAGCUAAAUGACAAACUGCAUCAUCUGCGCAUCCUGCAGAGCACGCUAAAGGACAGGGAGGGCGAGGUAGCAAUGAUUGACAAGCUGCUGGCCAAUCCUAAGCUCACGUCCUCAGAGUUCCAGGAAUGGAAGAAAGUUUACACGGAGCUGUUUUCAGGAGAGAAGCAGCGGGACCGGCAGCCAAGCCCCGCCUCCGAGCCCAGCCCUGCCGUCACCCCCGAACCCGCCCCCCGCACACCCUCCCUCUCACACACACACUCCUACAUCGAAACUCACGUUUGACAUACACAAAUGCACACUUUGCAUAUCUGGACUUGACGUUGUCCUUGUCAAGACUUUCCACAAUAUCGUCACAUUUUUCGAAGAAGUUUUCACAUUGAAACACGAUCUUGCUUCCACGGACCUUAGCCAGAGUGUUCGAGCAAAACUGGGGCGUGAAUCAGUGUUGGUAGACUUAAUGUGAGUAAAAGUAGAUUUGAUAUGAAAAAGAAGUUUUGUGGCGUUCAGUCCAUGUCUCUUAGCUUUGAAGAUGUUUGCUGGCGUAAUGACUUUAGGACAACAGGACUUUCUAAUGUCCUUCCCCCACAGCGCACUGUUUUUAACUGAGGUACUCAAACACUUAUUCACGAAUCACAUUUGCUCGAAAGUACACACCUCGACCGCAUACGCUUCUACAGCACUUGAGAAACAGUGUUUACACAGGCACAAAUAGAUGUACAGACAAAGCACUUUCAGAGGCCAGAAUCACUUUCCGCAUGCUUGGGAGUACAGCACCGCUGCGCACGGGGUUGCCAUGGUUACCCGAUCUCUCCACGACUUGAACAGAAAUGCGGUCACACCAAGAACAAACCUGGCCAACCCCUAGACAGGACGCCAAUAUAGAACCAGCAAACUGAGCACUUAUGCUGAGAAAUGGGACAUGUCAACCAAACGCCCAAAGGAAACGUUUCAACCCUGAAACAAACUGACUCUCGCUCUGUUGUGCAGCUGUAUUAGUGGUUUUCUGUUUUCCUGACUAAGCAAAUAUCAUAGGGGACACACAUACUCAUCAUGUAACAUGUUUACAUGCCUCUUGAGCGUACUAUAUACUUCACUGUAUUAUAUUACUAUAUAUCUAUGAACUGCUGUUACACAUCGGCUGGCCCCGACUUAUAGCACUUGUACAUUUGCGUGGAAGGUUUGCGUGUGUGCAUGGUCAUGAAACACACAUGUGUUUACCUCAUCUAACCUGCGGAGUGUUUCGACAAGCACUUAAUUUAAGGAUGUAAUUCGAAAUAAGCUUGUAAAGGCAUGUUCCUUUAAACAAAUUCAGCUUUAUAGACAGCAUAUGUGGAAUGUUGUUGGGUACCACUGAACAUGAUUUAGUAUUCUACCUUAAGAAAGGUUUUGUUUACAAUAAUACAUUUCCCUACAUUGGGAAUCUGUAGGCUUUACAGAGCAUUAAAAUGCAGAAAUGUUUUUUUGUAAAAGCGACAAUCCAAAGUUAUUAGUAAAGCACAUACAUAAUCCAUGUUAAAUUUACAAAAAAAUAAGAAACGUCAAAUUGUUAUAAUAAUGUAUAAAACAUCACUCACUUCAACUCACGUACAGUAAAUAUAAGGACAAGUAAACUGCAAUUUUGUGUUUUAAACAGAAGUGGCGAUAGCGAGGGAAAAUUACGAAUUGCAGUUUUGUACCUCACAUUAAUUCAUCUUUACUAAAACGUCUGUUAUUUAUUUAAACUACAAUGUUAAAUCAUUCUUUAACCGCGGGACUACUACGUGGAUUAACUUCGGUUUAUGUGUUAUGAGCAAUUUGCGUGGGCAUAUUAGUUUUCUUUCUGUGAACGACUCCUUUCUGGUAUUCUUGCGUGAAUCAUACAAAGUUCCUUGAAUUACCAGCUUCACGCAAUUAUGACGGGAGUUGGAUGUAAAUUAAGAAAGCGAUUUGAUUACUCUAGUCACAUAUUAACAUCACUUAAGAAACCGUGUAUAUUUUGUGGUUUUAAAUAAUGCAGUGCCUUGCCUCAGACUUCCAUUUAAAGUAAAUUAGUGUUAAUGCAAUAUUUUGUAGUUAUUACGAAAUGAGGAACAAGUCUAAUGUGGUAGUUGACAACAUGCUGCAAAUGCUGUAGAUAAUGGAUUAGCAUUCAGUGAAGUGUGCGGGCUUUUAACGAGAAAAUUGCACAGGCAUUAUUAUUAUUAUUCAGAAGCAGCAUUACUUGAGGCAGACUGAGAACGUUUUUCUAUCCCAUUUCCUGAUAUUGGGGUAAAAUGAUAUGCCUCUUUUAAAAAAAACAAAGUGGUGCUCCAAGCAAAAGAUUGCAACCAUUGGGUACGACAUUGGAUAAAUCAAGCUUGUGUGUCUGUUCUUUGUGCAUUUGAAACCUUUAAUCGGAGACAACUCUUUGAUUGGAUCGUGGACUAAUUUCAACAGUUUAAGAAAACGAAAUGGACAGUAUUAUGUUUUAGUAUCGCACAGCCUGCAAGCUGCUAUGCAGUCGCUCAACAGUUCUGCUUUAGGGACAUCUGUUUCAAGCUAACGGUGAGCUUUUAUGACAACCGAGGUUAUCAAGAAACAUCACAGCACAGGGACUCGACACACGGCUCAGCCGAGCAAAGCCGAUGCCCUGAUCGCACUCCAACAUGCGUUUGAAGCAAAAACUCAACUCCUGAUAUUAAAUGUAGUGUUCUGGAGGUCAUCUGUCUUUUUAAACUGGCAGAGCACUUCUCUUGCUGCAUGGCUUGUAGAUAUAACGUUCAUAUUUUUGCUUUAAGUUUUUAGUUUUGUUUUCAAAUUCGAAGAUGUCGAAUGUUAGAAAAUGCUGUGCAGACCAAGUUCUCAGGCUCUUGGAAUACACCAACACUUGUUAUGUGAGAUUAAGAAAGCACUGAAUGUUCAGAAGAGAGUUUAUUGUAUGAUAAGUUGUGUAUUUUAUAGUGUAUAUUGAUAUUUCAGGUAUGACUCUCUCUAGCGACAUACUGUAGAGCACAUUUUAUUCUGUAUGUAAUCUAAGAUAAUAUUUGCUUGAUUUUGAUUGACUGACUGCUAAUGUGUCCAUUAGCCUUCAGAGGAGAGACAGUGUAAAUGAUAACCAGUGGAUACAGCUACAGUAAUAGAUCGGAUGUGUAUUAGUAUUUUACUUUACUAAUAUAUCAACGUUAUUCCUCCUAAUCAUGUUACGUUUCUUUAGUAACCCAUUUUUAACACCAAAUUGUCAUAGACAAUCUAGUUGAUCUGUAUCUGUGCUGCUGCCUGUCUUUAUUAUGAAUAGGGCAUGUCAUUUGGGCAGUGCAGUUCCUAUGUGUUGUGUUAAGCAUACAACCUGGUAAACUUUACUUUAUUUAUUACGUUAUUUAAGCAGAGUUAUUGCUUUCUCUGGAUUUCAAUGUGGUUAUAUCAAGUCA